AUGGCGCCGGCAGAGACUCCUUUUGCGCAGCAGACAACCAGGAUGCAACCUAACGAUCCUUCAAUUGUUCAAGGUGGAAAUGAAAUUCCUUCUCCGCCACUAUUAAAUGAUGGCAUCGCAAACGAACAACCACCAAUUAACUUAGUUCAGCAAGGUAUCAUCACGAAUACGGACUCCUUUAGUGCUGACAACAUGCAAAGUUCGGAAGAACAAAUAACUUUUAGGCUUUCGGUCCAAACUCAAGAUGAUGAGCCUUCCGAUAAUUUACUUACUAGUGAUUUUAGUCAAAUUAUGAACACGAACUUAUUUUCCGGGGAUUAUUCGCGACACGGCCAACAAAGUGAUGGUACUGAUUCUAACCCUCAAGUUGAAACGUUGUCCAAAGAAUCUCAAGAAAAAAACAGAGAGAAAAGCAAAUCUACUCAAUCCCAAUCCGAUGAUUCUACAAUUGCUUUCCGAAAAAAACCGAAUUUGGGAAAUGACCUUGACAAGGUUGAUCCCAAAAAAAAUAUUCGUAAAGUUCUUAAAAAUCACAAAUAUUAUUCGAUUGAUUCAAUUGAAAAUGGCAAAGAUUUGGCUGAAUAUAUUCCUGGUAUGUAUCGGUUGUUAGACUUAUACAAAGAUGAUGGUUCGAAUGGACUUGUGGAUAAAAUAAUUAUUUCAAAGGAUUCUUUAAAGAAACUAUGCAACGAUAUGGUUCCGUUAAGUUUCAAGUCUAUUUCUGAAAUUAAUUAUACGAAACUGAAUUCAAUUUCGUUUCGACUUGUUGGGUGUUACGGAAUUCACAAUUUAAUCGUAAAACUUUUGUUCGAGAAAAAUAUUAUCGAUCAACGAAUACGUGAUUUGCUUAUAGCCUCGCAAUCUUCUGUGAACAACACAAAUAAGCCUUCUUUACGUCCUGGUAUUUAUUUGUUCGUUGUGAAUGCAGAUUUGGGUUUAGUUAUUCAUUGGCCUGAAAUUGGAUGUUAUGAGGAAAAUGCUUCUUCGCAACGUAAAAAGAAUAUGACUAAUCUACAUAGAUAUUUGACAAAGCUUACUGACCAUCAGCUUUGUCUUAUGAGCGAUGAAGACCUGGAAAGUUUCGAUUGGAAAUUAGACAAUUCUGAUAUUGAUUCAGAAGAUGAAGAUGAUGAAUCUCGUUUCGAGUUUGAAGUUAAGAAAAGCCAGGAAGAACAGGAAAACUUCAUAAUCUAUCCCGGUUUCAAGGUGGAUUUGUCUGAAAAAAUAAAAGCUGAAAUAAAUAAUAAUGUUCAAGAUGAUAUACCUUUACAUCCCAUUGUUGUUGAAUCAGCUAAAAACCAAUCGUUCGUUACCAGACAAUUAAUAAAGUCGACUUUUCAAUUACGCCCAAACACUUUAUUUCUUUCUACAAAUGAAUUUUCACGAGAACUUCAGACUAUACUGCAAGGACGACGUUUACAAAUUAAUCGUGAAAAAAUGAGCAUGAAAUCUUUAGAGAUUUUGAUUAAACACGGAUUAGAUAUGGAAGAUAAACUUUUGGGGCCAUUACAUGAAGCAAUAGAAGCUGCAAGGUUGAAAAGUGAAAAAAAGAAAAAUCAAGAAAAGAGUGCUACAAGUAAAGAUAUUGAACUCAUUACAAAUUUAGCACAAAAGAGAUUAUAUGAUUGUUACAGUUCUUUUGAAGAGUUUAUUGACGAAAAUUCCUUCUUUCAGACAAAUAUAAGUGAUGAGGAAAGGAUUCAUGAUAAAUAUCCUGACAUAGAAAGUCAAAUUAAUGAAAAAAUUAAAAUCAAUUCCAAAGCUUGGCAACCAUUAAAAAGAAGAUACAUUUUAACUACGAUAAUAAUUAAGAAAAUAAUAGAAUCGGCUGGAGAAAACAGUGAAGAAAUUGCAGAAUCUACAAUAGAGAUUUUUAAAAAUAUGUUCAAGGAUUCAGAAACUGAUGCACAUAAAUUAGUAAAAAAGUAUACUGAAAAACAACAACCUUGGUAUAAAUUACCAACUAUUAUUUGGGAUCUUAUCGUUAAGUCUUUCAAUUCUACAAAAAUUAAUCGCGCAAUCGACGAUUCGAUUAAAAUAUCCAAAAAUAUGUUAGAUAAACAAUUUGUACAAGACCUUAAUAUUACAGCAUUUUUUGGAGAAUUUGAUGAGAUCAAAAAAAAUGUCAUAGAAGCUUUCUUUGAAGAAUACAAAAAAUGGAGAAAUAUCACUUUUCCCAAUAACAUUAAAGAAAUUCUGCCAAAAGUUUCUGAAUUAACAGAAAAGUUAAAUGAAGAAUUUGAGCAAGAGAAACUAGAAAUUGAAACUCAUGAAUUUGAAAGAAUUUGUAAUGUAAUAGAAGAAAAAUAUCAAAAUGGACUUAUGCAGUUGAAUAUACUAAAUAUAGUAACAGAUUCUAAUUAUCCUAAUCGAUUACGAUUCCAACAUGAAAUUGAAACAACGCAGCCAAAUCAGUUGCAGAUAACUAUUUACGAAACUUCAUUAGAUGAAGCAGAUACCUUUCAACUUCAAGAUAAUGGGCUUCACAUUCCAAAUCUAACAUUACAAUAUCAAUGUGGCUUCACUUUCCAGAUUGAUCCUGCAAUUUACGAUUUCAGGCAAUUAUUAAUAUUUUUAUAA